AAAUCGAACUUUAGAAAUUCGCUCCACUAAUCCCAACGGUCGCUUUUUCCUUUUAUCCAAAAAGCAACUAUCUUCCCCACCUUCUUCCUUGACCGUUUCCCCCUUUUUCCCUUUCUCUGUUCUUAAAACUCUCCUCCAUUAAUCUUCUUUGUCCGAACCGACUUUUUCAAAAUGGAAAAUCUCUACUGAUCCUCUUCAUUAAUUGAUUAACAUCUACAAUAUGGGUUGUUUUCUUGGAUGUUUCGGUUCUUCCAAAAUUAAAGAUGAAAGGAUAAACCCUAGAAAUCCCCAAUUUCACUCUUAUCGGAAUCAGGAUAAACGGCAUCAGUACAAUCCCGUACAAAACAAUGUCGCUCCUAUUCUCACUCAAAUUCCCACUGUUUUUUCAAAUCAAGAUAUUCUACAAAAGCCUGUUAAUCUUCUGGUUCCUGAACCUCAUUUUAAGCAAGAGGAGAAAGAACACUUGAGCUUGUUAAAUAAGGAUAACUCGGAGGAUCAAAUUCAAUUGAGUUCGGGCACACGAAAGAAAGUUACAUUUGAUUCAAAUGUUAAAGAAUAUGAGCAUAUUUCUUAUGAUGAGGAUGAGGUACAUGAGAAUAUACAGGAGAGUGAAAAGGAAGCUGAGAAAAAGGUAAUUGACGACAACUUAAAACCAACCAAAUCAUCUUCGCCGUGGGAGGAUUCAACCUUGUCUAGCUUGGGCUCAUUUCCACCAAAUCAUAGGUAUCAAAAUUGUAGAGAAAGUGAUGAUGAGGAUGAAGAACUAGAUUGUGAAGUAAGUGAUUUGGAUGAUGAAGAAUAUGAUGACGAAGAGGUUUAUGAUGAUGGAUUCAGUGAUGAUGAAUACAAUUCGAGACUAGUCCAUGAGUAUACUAGGUCUUGUACAUCCGUGGAAUCAAGGGCCAAAAGUUCCGGGCCUUGUGUAGUUGAUGAUGUAUAUUCGGACAGAGGAAGAAAAAUCCCGGAAGUGUUCAAUCGUGGUGCUCGCGAUAGGGCUGGUUAUGUACAUUCAGUACUGAAUCCUGUUGAAAACACAGCUCAAUGGAAAACUGUGAAAGUAAAAGGUACACCAUCUGUAAAAGAUCAGAAGGAGAAUUUUCAAAUGGAUUUGGGUUUUCAGCAAUCUUCAUCAAAGUCUAAAUCAAAAUUUGAUGAUCAUAGGGAUGAUCAUGAAGUAGCAGUUGCUGCUAGCUUAUCUGCUUGGUUGGUUUCCUCCCAAUCAACACCUCCUAGUAAGGCUAAUCCUAUUGGCUUCGACUUACUCUCCGAGAAGAUCGCCUUGUCGUAGCCCACACAAGAGGCCAUUACUUGGCACUGUCGGUGUGCACUGGAACGAAAGAACUAAUGUUGGCGAUGGUACUAGCUCAGUUUCUUCAUUGAAGGGCAUACCCAAUAGGCCAAUACUACAAGCAAAUAUCAAUAGGUAUACAUGAAUUCAGAUUAUUGGGAUCCAAUUUUCUUGAAAAUGAAUUUCAGGGUACUGAAUUACAUGAACUGAGAGGUAUACACGAAACGAGGAUCGAGAGAUCCUUAAAAUCUUUGGUUAUAUGGUGUAUUGAUUUGCAUUUGCUGUGAUUCUUGUUUUGUUAAAUAUAUAUUCUUUAAGUAGAUCAAAUUAUGAAUUUUGAUGAGGUUUUAUAUUACUGUUGUGUGUGGAUUGUAGAGUUCUAAUUCUAGGUUGUAAUUCUUUAUUGGUUUGUUCAUUUGUAAUAUAGCCAGUAAUUUAGAGUGCAAGUUAUGUUAAACACUUGGUAUAUCAGAUUUGAAUCAAUAUUGUAGUGAUAUACUAGUAUGGUCCUUUUGAAUCAACUUCAAAGAGAAAGUGAAAGGAUUUUUUAUAAA